UGGACGCGUAUACAUAGUUUUUCUCAGCGGAGAAAUUGUGCUGGAAAUUGAUUUGAUAUAAAACUUUGCAAUUGACUUAAGCAAGAAAUAGACGAAUACAAAAUGAAUGAGGGGAGUGAAUACUCCAUACACUCGAUAUGCCGCAUUUGCUUGAAUCACCUGCGCAACGAUGCGGUGUACGAUUUGUUUUUGGUGCCAGGAUUGGCCAAGAAAUUGUGUGUCUGCUCCUCUUUGUCGGUGGAGCAGCACGACGGAUUCCCGAAGAACCUCUGCACCAGCUGCUACACGAAGCUGAACGAUCUGCAUGGCUUCCAGAAGAUGUGCGUGGACUCGGUGCAAAAGUUUCAGGAUAUGGUGGCCAAUAAUUAUUUUACUCCAGUCAUAUCCGAUAUAAAUCAGAUUGAUAAUGUGGAUGUACUGAAUAUUGCGCCUCCGGAGGGUGAAAUGGAAGAAGAUCGCAUUAAUUUUGAUCCGCUGUUGAAUACGAAAAUCGAGGUAAUUGAGAAUGAGGAUGAUGUGUUUAAAAUGCUGGAAGAUGUGGACAAGGAAGUGGAGGAUGUGGACAAGGAGGGGGAAUCAACAUCAGAGAGUGAGGAAGAUAAUGAUGAGGAUGGAGAUGGAGACGGAGAUGGUGACUUUGAGGUGAACAGCAGUGAAUCCGAUGAUGCAAUGCCGCUGUCCAGGCUGCGAGGCUCAACCCGAGGAGCAACCAAAGCUAAGGCCAGAAAAACAACCAACAAACGCAAUAAUGAUUAUGAUGACAAUUCCUCCAGCUCCGAAUCCAAUGAUGAUGAUGAUGACGACGACGAGGAUGAUGAUAGACCCAGAUCGAAGGGAAAACGCAAGAGAAUACCAACUUCGGAGCGGGAUCGUCAUCGUUUAAUUGAUUGCCACAUCUGUCAUCAAAAGUUCAAGAAGGCCAUACGCUAUGAGGAGCACAUGAAGCAUCACAAUGAUCUGCUGCCAUUCCAGUGCACGGUGGAGAGCUGCAAGAAGGGAUUCACCACCGCUGGAGGACUGCGUCUGCACAUGGAUCAUGCCCACAUUGAGUUCUCCGAGGUGCAUGCCUGCACCUUUGAGGGAUGCGACAAGACAUUCCCCCGCUCCGUCUUGCUCACGUUCCACAUGAAGAAGGUGCACAAGGUGGCCAAGCCGGAUGUCAAACGUCAUGCCUGCACCGAGUGUGAGAAGGUGUUCCGCUGUCCCACUGCUUUAAAGAAGCAUAUGUAUAAGCACACGGGAGAGGAGUUGCCCUUCGCCUGUGAGAUCUGCGGCAAACGUUUCCACAUACACAGCGUGCUCCGGGAUCAUCUGCUGCGUCAUGCCGGCGUCAAGAAUCAUGUGUGUCCUUACUGUGGAGUGGGCAAGACCACACGACAGGAGUGGAACAAGCACAUCUUGACGCACACUCGGGAAAAACAGUUCCAGUGCCGGCAAUGCGAUCAUGCCUCCCACAACAAACAGGCGCUGUCCAAUCAUGUCAAGGUGGUGCACAUGAAGAUCAAGAACUUUGCCUGCCAGUAUUGUGGCAAGACCUUUGGCAAAUCCCAUGCUUGUAAGAUCCACGAGAGAUUGCACACGGGAGAGAAUUGCUGCGAGUGUAAGAUCUGUGGCAAGAUCUUUCUCUUCGAGAAGAGAUUGACCAAGCAUCUGCAGCUGCAUGAGAAGCGUGAUGUUCCACCAGCUUCGACAGCUGUGAAACCUCCAGAUGCUCCGAACGUCAGUCAGGAUCAGCAGCAGCAGCAGAGUCAUUCGACGGAGCCAGUUGAUGUCAAGCCACUGCCAGUGGUGCCGCCCAAGCCCAAGAAUUCGCAUCGUGUGGAGCGUGUGGACAUCUCUCAGCUGGCGGGCACCUCUGUGAAUCCCAUAUCUUCUGUAUCCGUUCCCUCCUGGUCACCGCAAGUCAACUUCACCAAGAAGGAGGGCCAACACAUUUGUCCCGGCUGUGGACGUGGCUUCAAUCACAUUGGCAACAUGAAACUCCACUACAAGAUCAUACACGAGAAGGUCAAGGAUUUCGCCUGUCGCUAUUGUCCCAAGCGCUUUGCCAAGGCGCAAUAUCUGCGUAAUCACGAGUAUAUACAUACGGGUGAGAAGCCCUUCGAGUGCAAGAUCUGUGGCAAGCAUUUCCGGCAGGAGCAGGUGCUAAAGACGCAUCUCAAGGUGCACGACAAGCCGCCCAAGCAGCCCAAGGAGAAGAAGCCGCCAAAACCAUCAGUGAGCAAAGCCCGAGGCUUAAAAGUGGAGCUCAACAAGAAACAACCAAAGAUUCAUGACGAAUAUCAGGAUCCGGCGGCGGAACGAGCGGCGGCAACAGCUGCACUCCUCGCCCAACAGAUCGAGGAGAACGAGGCGAAGCGGAAGCAGGAGGAGGCAAAUCGCAAGAUUCAGGAAGCCGCCUGUGAGCAGCUCAAUAGGCUACAAAAGCAAAUCCAGAGCGAAAAGGGAUCCUACGACAGCUACUAUGGACAGAAGACGGAAGCGGAGGGCGUUAAUCCCGAUGUUCUCAAAUUAGAUCAUGUUUAAAAUGAGAAAACGCUGUCCCAGUCGAUUUAAGAAAUACCCCAUAUACCAUAUAUAUGAUCCUACUAUCUAUGCGAAUCCCUCAAAUGGCUUCAUAACACAUCCAACCUGUAAAACUCUUGACAACUUAAUCAUUUUAAUUGUAAUAUUAUUAAAUUUUAAUUAAUCUAACAAAUCUAAAAUUAUUGCACACUUAUCCAUAUUUUGAGAUAUAAUUGAAUUGAGAACUCUUCUGAGAAAAAAACUUAAUAUCUUAAUUAAUUGAAUCCAUGGAACUUCAAAUUUAUAGCAAGAUUAUUAAAUUAGAUAAAAUCGAACUACUAGAAAGGAAAUAAUUAUUUUGAAUCGAAAACAAGGAAUCAAGUUACUUCAACGCUAUAACUCCAAUAAAAAAGGAAAUAUAUAGGAUCGAUGGAGCUCUAUAAAUCCAAAAUGUUGUCUAGAUUUGAACGCACAAUUUCAAAUUAACAGCAAGAUUCU